UUUUCAGCGCGAAUAGAUGGUCGUAUUGUUAUUAUGUCAGAGCUGUUUGAAUUUUGAAAUCAAAAUAAUCUUAUCGGUGUUUUAUUUAUUACUAUCUUUGCUUUUACCGGUUAUCCAUCAUAGAUGUUUGAAAAUUUUCGUUGCCAUGGAAUUGUGGAAGCGCACAGUGAUUUUUGCGGUACUCAUUUUCGAAAGUGCAGGAGUAUUUUCGGAAGAAAAUAAACAAUCAACUACAACUACACCUGUAGACAAAACCAAAGCCAAUAUUACAACAGAGAAAUUCAUAACCAAAACAGAGAAUGACCCUAUCAAAAAAGAAUCAAUUAAUACUACUCCAAAAACCACAAGUACAACUGAACAAAACCAUAACACAACAAAUGAAAAAGAAGAAACUGAAGAUAUAGGCGGUUUAAUCUUCUUGCCAACAGAAGAUGGUAAUAAUUUGGUUUAUACUUUAGAAAAAUCUAAUGAUACUAAAGUCACAGAGAAUACCACAGGAUCAAAAUUAUACGAUACAAUUAUAGAUAAAAUAUAUUUGUUUGACCAAUUUUAUGGCAAUGUUAAUGGUACUAAAUCUGAGAUAAAGCCAGUUGGGAUAGUACCAGGAAAGUUGGCCGCCAUAUUGGCUGCGGUGUUCUUGAUUAUCUCCAUAAUAGGAUACAUAAUUAUGCUGUCCUGGAGAAGGUAUCUGGAGAAUCGCUAUGGAAAUCGGGAUUUGCUUGUUGAGAACGAUUACUGUGAAAAAAUGAGCAAUUUGGAACAGUUUUCGAUGUCGAUUCGGACGAACCACGACAAAUGUCUUUCAUAAAAAAUGAAAUUUAUUUUGGUUAGGAUCAUAUAGAAAAGGCUUCAAUCGCUACAUCAAACCAAAGAGCAUAACAAUAAUUACACCUUGGUAAAGUUUGUUGAACUUCGUCAAGAUAAGAGCAUACCAUCUCCUAUUAGUGUUAAUGUACUAUUUGUAAUUGUUUUCUUUCAAUAUCAUUCAAUGUAUAUAUUUAGUUGCAUCGCGUUUCAGGUUAAUUUAUUUAGUUUUCUAAUUACUUAUAGCUAUAUUAAUAGAUUUUUAGUCGUGUUUUUCUUUUUCUUCUUCUUAUAAAUUGUGAUUGAGUUUUAUAUUGAAAAAUACAAUGUGGAUUUCGCUUAACUCAGAGCAAUACAGGAUGUUUCAAAAGUUGAGUCUAUAUUUUAAAUGUCUUUAUUUUGAUAGAGACAAACCAGAUUUGAUGAUCCAGAAUAACGUAAGAAAUAGAAAAUUAAUUUCUUACUAUUUUGGGUAUGUACCUGUGCCUAGAUGAAGGAGUCGCAUUUCCUCAUUACCGGUCCACUAAUAAUAAAUUCGUUAUUUUCAUAAUUGAGAGAGAUUCACAAAUAAAGUUUUUAGAAGAAGAAAAAAUGCUAAGAUGCACUGCAAACCAUGUAAAUCCUUAAAUGAUAAUUACCAAACGAAGCAGCUCCGUACUUAAAACUUAAAAAGUCACAUCUCUCCAAUUUUUGUUUUAUGAAAAUCUGUCUUUAAAAAAAGUCAACUUAUGAAACAUCCUGUAUCUAGUGAAUCAUUAGAAGCUGUACAUACUACUACCAUCUAACUACGAGGAUGGUUGUGGCUGGAUGAGAGGUGGCAACCAAUUUUUUAUAAACUUGAUUUGCAUUAUUGUUUUUAAACGGAACUUCAAUUACUUCGCAAACAAAUAAACGAAAUUACUGUUUAAAAAAAGACCGAAAACUUUCCGGUCAGGUUUUUUCGUAUUGAUGUAAGAAACACAAACCCCUGACUGGUCGAUUUUAGUAUAUAGGGGGCGACUUUUUUCUAUUUGUAGCAUCGGCACUUCAACAGUCGGGCAGUGGGUUAAACAACCCCUAAUUUUAUGGAAAAUUCGGCAAUAAGACUAUUCAUUGAGUUACUUUUGAUUUUAACGUACUGUAGCUUUGAAAAAAACUUUUUUUUUAUUAUUGAGUGUGACACUUUAUUUGAAAGCUAAUUUUAUUACUAAUUCAAUGCACCACAUAAUAUUAAUUUAUAUAUCUCCUUAUUGAACUUGCAACAGUCUGAAAAUUAGUCAUUGUUUGCAUUAUUUCUGACUGCUCGAUGCGCGAUGGUGUAAUAUAAAAAAAGUUUCCCCCUCAUAAAUACAAAAUAACCAAGUGAAAAGUUUUUUGUGACCCACCCUAUAUAGAUAGUACGAGUACAGUUUGUCAUGACUCGCCUUGUAUUUAAAAAAGUGAUUGUAUUCUUGUAUAUGGAUUCUUGUAAUGGUCACGAUAAUGUUUUGAAACUACUUUAUAAAGAAUAACUGUGGACAAUAAUUUGGAUAAUUUCAAGACAUUCUGAAUGACAUAACAUUUUUAUAGCUAGGUAAUACAUUUUUAUUAUACAGAUUCGUAAAUUGAAACGCGGGCCAUCCAAACCAAAUAGAUAAUGCGCUGCUCAGUGGUCUUUGUUUGUUUCAUGUGUGGUCGUAUUAUACCUUCUUCAAUUCAUUGUAAAAUAAAGGAUCCGCUUUCAGCUUUCCGUAUCUGUAUUCGACUGUUAACUCUGUUUUUUUUUUCAAUAUAUCUUAAUGCACAAAAAAUGUUACCUAACACCUGACAUAUUAAUUCAAAAGAGGAUUUAGCAAUUACACUUUAGCGUUUUAUGUUUAAUAAUCAAUUAAGCUGUGCCAAUUUUUUAUAGGAAACGUUGUAAAUGUUUAAAAAUAUAUCAAAGAAACUAUUUCAUUAAGAGUAAAAUUAAGUAAUUGUGUACAUAAUUUAAAUUCUUGAACAUUUUCUAUUAAUCAGGGAAUAAAAUAAUUUAGUGAAUAUUGUUUUGAUUCAUUUUUAAUUGCCAUAUAAUUUC